GCAAAGUUGACAAAAAAUGAACAUUAACGUGAACAUCCGAUGAACUAAAAGCUCCGAAUUCACUCAAAUGUUCAUCGGCCCGCAGCGGAUGUCAUUUUUUCGAGCGAAAAGAAGAAGAAUCGUGGAAAAAGAAGACGCUUGUGGUUAAGUCCAUAGCAGUCGAUUGCCUCAGUAUUAUUCAUCAGCUGUACAACUAUAUCCGGCCCGGCUAAAUCGGUGAAACUAGAAUCAUGUAUCAACCCCUGGAAACCGACAAGGAAAACCUUUUUACAAAGUAUCUACGGAUACUGGCGGUGGUCGCUGCAUACUGGGUGAUCUCUAUCCUGACCGUGUUCGUGAACAAAGCUCUGUUGAGUGGUUUGGAUUUGGAUGCUCCACUGUUCGUAACGUGGUUCCAGGUGUUGACCUCGUCGAGCAUUUGCUUUGUAAUGAGCGCACUUAGCCGUAGGUAUCCCAAGGUGUUCAGCGUUCCAGAUGGGAACCCAUUGAGCAAAGAAGUAAUACGGAAGGUGUUGCCGCUUUCGCUUUUGUUUACUGCGAUGAUUGCAACGAACAACCUCUGCUUGAAGUACGUCGGUGUGGCAUUUUAUUAUGUUGGCCGGUCGUUGACCACGGUCUUCAAUGUGGUCUUAACUUAUCUGCUGCUGGCGCAAAAGACCAGCGGAAAGGCAGUGCUGUGUUGUUUACUGAUUGUGGUCGGCUUUUGGAUCGGUGUCGACCAGGAAAGUUUGACGGAAUCGUUUUCACUAAUCGGAACGAUUUUCGGGGUAUUGGGCUCGUUGAGUUUGUCACUUUAUUCGAUCUACACCAAGCGCACUCUGCAAUUUGUCAACCAGGAGGUGUGGCUGUUGAGCUACUACAAUAAUGUUUAUUCGGCCAUCAUAUUCAUACCGUUGAUGCUGAUCAACGGAGAACUUCAGGUCGUGAUGGAUUACGAACACCUGGCGGAACCUUGGUUUUGGGGUGUGAUGACUAUUGGAGGAAUAUGCGGAUUCGCAAUUGGUUACGUUACAGCACUGCAGAUCAAGGUGACAUCGCCAUUGACGCACAACAUUUCCGGAACAGCCAAGGCCUGUGCCCAGACUGUGCUAGCUACAACAUGGUUCAGCGAAGUUAAAUCAAUUCUCUGGUGGACGUCCAAUAUUGUGGUGCUGGUGGGAAGUGCCCUCUACACUCGGGUGAAGCAGCUCGAAAUGGAUCAACGUCAUCGGGAACACAUCAAUAGUCAGAAAGUUUGAACAAAAUCGUAUAAUUCCUUACUAUUUGUAACUUAUAAUAUUUUAAGCUUUAUAACAUACUUACGAGUACAGCAAUAUACGUCCUACUAAAUUA